AUGGGUUGGCUGAGUGCGGCCCUGUUUGUUGUCCUAACUCAAUUGGACUCUAGGUUGGGCCACCCGUUAGCAUUGAAUGGAGUUGACGUGACUGAGUAUUCGGAAUGGCCAAUCUGUUAUCCGGAGUCUGGAGAGGUUGCAUGGAUGGAAUCAAUGCGAGGAAACGAUUGGGUUGUACCUGACAAGGCUGAAGCUCAAGAUAUACCAACAACAAGAGCCAAAUCUCCCAAACUUUGUAGAAAGAAGACCUUGACUUCCGUGGAACCAGAUGGAAAUGGUAACCCCAGCACUCGACCAGGCCAACUAAGUCUGGAUGAGAAAGCAUCUCAGAGCAACUCUGCCAAAGGAAUUUCUCCUGUACAAUCGAAGAAGCCACAACAGAAGUCCCUUCCUAAAUUGCCUUCUAAAAGGAUCAAUUUAAACAAUUCCAGCAAGGAAGAAAAGAUGAUAUCACCAAAAGCAACAAAUGAGGAAAAUACCACUUCAUUGACUGCAACAAAGGAAGCUGAUUCUCUCAUCCAGGAGUCAGCUCCUGCAACUGGUUCAGAAGAAACUCAGCUCAGUGUAGAGGAGGAACCAGCAGUUGGGGAGCAAGAUGAACCCACCUUUGUACAAGAACCCAUGGCAUUGGAGGGUCAAGUUCAUUAGCGGUUGGAAUUGGAUGCUUAUACAAAGUCGUUGACUUGAUAUUGCGUAAAUAAGAAAGGUUUUAGACUCCAACUAUUUGAUGAUAAAAGAGUGAAGGAUUCUGCAUUUGGGUUGUGAUGACAUAUUGUCCAUAGUUACCAGCAUUGGUUGUUUGUGUGCUUGCUUAGAAGCUUGCUGGUCUUGUCACUAGGAUUCUGCAUUCCUAAUUGGAGCAGUGUGUGUUAUAAUUUGCCAAGUUGCUAUGCUAAUUGAUGUUGUUUAGUUGCCGGCUUUUUUAGAUUUUUUUGAAAAUUUUGGGUAAGUCUGUCAUCGAUUAGUGCAUUAUCAUAGGUGUUGUUUGUUUAAAGGGGUUGCUCUUGAACAAUUGGAAUUGUCAGUUAAGGCUGAUUUUGUGUUGUGGAAAAUUUUUUUCCCCUUUCUGUGAACUGCUUCUUUAUGUUCAUCUUUCUAUUUCUGUUGUAA